UCGCAGUUAUCCACCAUGGGAGAUUCAAGGAAACCGGACGAUUCUGCUGGUGGGAAUCUCAAUUUCAACCAUCCGCUAUACCUCCAUCCUUCGGAUACACAAGGCGCAACCAUCAUCUCACAAAUUCUCAUCGGCGCCGAGAAUUAUAACGUCUGGAGUCGAGCCAUGAGAAUAGCCCUGCGGGGGAAACACAAAUUGGGUUUCGUUGAUGGAUCUUGCACGAAAGAGAUGCAAGAAGACAACCUGAAGGAUCAGUGGGAGCGCUGUAAUGCGGUGGUGUUAUCGUGGAUCCUGAAUUCGAUCUCAAAGGAGCUCGCGAACGGUGCUGUUUUCUUUCAAGAUGCUCGGUUAGUAUGGUUGGACCUACAAGAACGCUUCGACAAAGCAACAGGUUCGAGAAUUUUCUUCCUACACCGAGAGAUAUCUUCCCUUCGUCAGAAUUCCCUUUCCGUUUCCAGUUAUUUUACACGCCUGAAAGAACUCUGGGAGGAGCAAUCCUCUCUGGUCCCGAUUCCAUCUUGUAAAUGUGAGACGUCUAAGAUUUAUGGGGAAGUGAUUCAACAACAGAAACUUCUCCAGUUUUUGAUGGGUCUUACCGAAACCUAUAGUCAAGCACGGAGCCAAAUCCUGUUGAUGAGUCCACUUCCCUCGGUGAACCAGGCAUACGCAAUGAUAUGUGAGGUUGAGGCUCAGAGAUCAAUCUCCAACUCAAAUAUCGAAAGCCCAACAGAAGGUAUUGCCAUGAUCGUGCAAGGCAGAGGAUAUGGCAGAGGAAGAGGAAGGGGAAGAGGAAAUUCAAAUUUGGAAUGCUCACAUUGCCAUAAAAAGGGGCAUGUGAAAGAUCAUUGUUACCAAAUUAUUGGUUAUCCACCGGAUUUUAAAGGAAAUAAAAGCAGAGCAGCAAGAGCUGAUAGUGCCAAUCAAGUACAAGUGGAAAAAGAUUCCAGUGCUCAUUCGGCCAAUACAGUGACAACCUCACUCACGCCAGAGCAGUACGAGCGUCUUCUGGAGCUGCUAAGGAAAGAUGCAGACACUGCCAUACAUGCCUUGACUGGGCCUUCAGGAUGGGAAGAAGAAGGCGACUGGUAGUUUGUUUUGUGGUCUGUAUCUCUUGAAUUGUGAUCAGAAAUAUAAUGCAGUUAACACAAUUAGUAAUAGGAAUAAGUCAUGUAAUUCUACUGAUAUUUGGUUGAUACAUAGGAGACUAGGACAUGCUCCUUUAUCUGUAAUGAGGCAUUUGAAUGUUGUACAUGACAAGAAUAUAUCAAUGGAUGAAGCUUGUGAAAUUUGUGCUCAAUCUAAACAAACUAAGCUUCCCUUUUCCCCAAGCUGCAUUAAAUCUAAAUUCUGUUUUGAGUUGUUACAUAUGGAUGUGUGGGGACCUUAUAAAACACCUACACACCAAGGGCAUCAUUAUUUUCUCACUAUAGUAGAUGAUUUUUCUAGGGCCACUUGGACCUUUCUUAUGAAAAGUAAAAUAGAAACUGGUAAUCACAUCAAGAAUUUUAUUGCUUAUGUGCAGAAUCAGUUCUCUGUUAAUGUAAAAAGAAUAAGGAG